GCAGUUGUCAAGCAUUCUGAUGUCCCACUCACUCGAGCUGAGGACCGCUUCGAACACCAUCGUCUGCGUUAUGGCUAACAUCGACAACAUAUCUGCACCACUGGCUUUCAUAUCGUACCUGCUCGCUGAGCAUCCAGAAGUACAGGACAAAGUUCGAGCAGAAGUUCAAGCCCUACUCGACAAAGACGGGGAACUCACAUACGAUGGCCUAGGAGAACUCACGUACUUGGGACAAGUGCUGUCAGAAUCCCUGAGACUCUAUCCUCCACUUCCAGGCUCUGUACGCAGGUUAUGUGAAGAGGACUACGAAUACAACGGUGUUCGCAUCCUGAAAGGCAUGAGUGUUUCCGUUCCCACUCUCGAAGUCCACCAAGAUCCAAUGCUGUGGCCAGAACCGAAAAAGUUUGACCCUGAACGAUUCAGCAAGGCGAACAAGGGCAACAUACAUCCCAUGUCAUACUUCCCGUACGGACUCGGACCGCGUACGUGCAUUGCAGCUGCGCUCUCACGGGUCGAGUUCAUCGUCACAAUCGCACUUCUUGUGACGCGGUACAAGUUACUACCCAGCGGCAAGUACAAAGAUGAGCCGCCAUUGUACGCUGCAGGGGCAUUACUGGGUUAUCCAAAGGAAGGUGUAUGGGUCAAACUGCAAAUGCUUUAAGCACAUGGAAAGAUACCAAAAGGAAAAGGUGGAUCCACCUCAUUUUGUUUAUGACUGGCGACUUCUUUUAUGUCAUUGUCGUUGAUUGUUUCUGUUUUAACAGCGUGAUACACUCGUAACUCGCCACAUGCGCGCGUGAGCUCGAUUUCAUUGCUUAUGUUCUUGGGCCUCCAGACUGCAAUCGC